CAUCUCUCUUUUAGUUUCAGCCGCCCUUUGCCUCUCUCUGCCCCUCAGCGCCCAUUCCCGCUUCUUGCCACUCUCGCCGCCGCCGCCUUUGCCGUCGCCGCUCUUCCCGUCGCUGUCGCUGGUGGCUGUCGCGCCUUCCGUCGCUGUCGCGCCUUCCGUCGCUGUCGCGCCUUCCAUCGCUGUCGCGCCUUCCGUCGGGUCGCGCCUUCGUCUCGCCGUCGUUGUCCCCUCACCGUCGCCGUCGCUGUCGCUGUCCCCUCGCCGUCGCCGCCGUUGCCACCCGCUGCUGCAGCUGCCGAUCGUCGCCACUCGAGAUGCCUCGAAGAGCAGUAUCAUCUAGAGGAAGAGGACAUAGCCAGCAGCUCUCUAUGAAUGAAACAAAUGAGCCAGUACAGAUGCAAGAGGAAACACUGGAGCAUACUCCAGCAGCAUUAGGGGGGCAAGCAAACGCAUCAUCAUCAUCAUCAGUUCGAACUAGAGGUCCGAACUUGGGACAUCCUAUCCCAUCAAACCCGUCUGAUCGACAAUUGAUCAGAUUGAAAGGAAAUGUUUUUCUAGAUUCCACAGUUACUAGAUCAAUCAGUAAUGACAUUAAGAUGCGCUACACUGCUCCAUGGAAAACUUGGUCAGAGAUACCUUUAAAGACAAAAGACGAGCUCUUCGGACUUUUUCGGAGUCGAUAUGUAUGGGAUGAGAGUGAAGAAGAUAUGAUUCGAACUGCUUGGGAAAAGGUAGGAAAAGAAAGACUGCGAGACAUUCUUAAUAGAGUUAGGAGUGAAUUGUUGCGUAAGCACAAAAAGACAGAUGUUGCUUAUCUAUACAAUUUAGGACCAGAUUGGAUGGAGGCAGAGAUAUGGAAUGCACUUGUUGCAUAUUGGAGUACACCAGAGUGGAGAAAGAAAUCAGAAGCUGGUAAAGCAAAUAGAAACGUAGAAAAAGAUGGGACAAUUACAAAACACUCUGGUGGUUCAAUAAAACUGGAGGUUCAUGAGUAUAGAUUGGCAAAGAAGUUAGGUAGGCAACCAACUCAACUUGAACUAUUUCGUGCCACUCAUACAAAAAAGGGGAGUCAAGGUGUUUUCAUUGAUGGAAAAUCACAACGAGUUGAUGGAGCUUAUUUGACUGCCAUUGCUGAAAAUGUGAAUGACAAUUGUGAGAGUCAGUCUGCUUUUGAUUUGAAUAAGUGGAUUGAAAUUUCUGGAAGUAGUAAAGGGAGGGUUUAUGGUUUUGGAUCUUCUGAUAUUGCAAAAUCUGGAACUCCAACUACCUCUUUCUCAUGCACAUCAGCUCAUCCUGGAGGACCUUCUCAAACUAUGUUUUCUUUAGAGGAGGUUGAACAAAUAUUGGAGCAAAACCGGGUCAAAAUGAAACAAGACAUGGAGCAAAUGCAAGAGCAAAUGCAAGAGCAAAUGCGAGUGCAGAUAGAAAAGCAAAUAAAAGACCAGAUGAAAUCAUUGAAGAACAAAAAAAGAUCUUCACCGCAUAAUCCAACUGCAGAUUGUACUUCUCUAUCAGAUGGUUCAACAAAUUCAUAGAUCAGUUUUUAGUUUUAUGAACAUUGUUAAGUAUAAUGGAUUUAUUUUUAAUUUCAUGAAGAUUGUUAAGUAUUAUGAAUUUAUAUUAAAUUUUAUGAACAUUGUAAAUAUUAUGAAUUUAUUUUAAAUA